GUCUCAGUAAUAAGAAGAGAGUUACAACACCUCUCAGAUUCUGAUUGGCUAUUGGAGCCCAUCAGAAUCGUUUCUGUAAGUUAGCUUGCUUUUUGUAUUGUUCUAGCCUGGUAGCCAUUUGGCAAGAAUCACAUCAACGGCUGCCCAGCUUAGGUCAACAUACAUCUUGAAGUCACUGAGAACCAGAGCUUUGUCUCUGAGAACCAGAGCUCUGAUGCUGAACCUGACAACCUUUUGGAGUACAACUGGAUUAAAAUUCAAAAAAAAGAAAAAGAAAAACAGAAAAUUUAUCACCAAAAAAAAGGUGGUGGCUUUGUGAACACAAUUAGAUUGCUGCAGAUGUGCUUAUAUCUUCCACAGCUACCUUCUAUUAUAGGAUCUGAUUGCUUUAUCCAUGAUACUUCAGUCAUUUCAAUAGCAAUAAGGUCAACAAUAAAACCAUCACAGCAACAAGGCCCAAACAAGCCCUGCUAAAUUAAACCAGACAGUCUGUUAAUGGAAUGCAUUCUUUAUGGAAACUGCUCUAAUGAAAAAAACUUUGUGCAAACAUCAUAAAAAUCUGCCAGAUGUUAAAAAAGCCCCUGCUAAUAUGUCUACCAUCUCAUGUUCAAAACAGGCUGCAACAUCCAUUGUGUCAGAUCCUCUUGAACUUUCACCAGAAAUAGUAGGUUUAAAUUCUACUAUUAAAAUAAGCUCUGUGAAAAAAAGGCCAGGGACUGUCCUAAUAUCAAAACGGUCAAGCAUUGGAGCCAUGUCUCAGGAUCAGUGGGAUCGGCCUGUCAUUCCACCAAGAAGACCUGGCUUCAGGGUGUGCUUUAUCUGUGGCAAAGAGUUUGGGUCACGAUCUCUUCCUAUUCAUGAGCCAAAAUGCCUGGAUAAGUGGCAUACUGAAAAUGACAAGUUACCAAAGCAUCUAAGAAGACCAGAGCCUAUUAAACCUCAGAGUCUUUCAGGAGGUUCUGAUAAUAUCAAGGCUGGAAGUGGAUUGUCUGAUCAAAGUAAUCAAGCCCAUUUUCUGCCCUGUGAAAACUGUGGUCGUACUUUUCUUCCAGAUCGUCUGUUUGUUCACCAACGGAGCUGUAAACCAAAGACUAUCCCAGGGCCUUCAAACUUGGGUUGCACUAAAUCUUCUAGAUCCUCUGGGUCUAAUUCAGCUGCACCAGACAAGUCUGCAGUAAUAAGGCGACCUCCAACUGUCAUUUGUUACAUUUGUGGGCGUGAGUAUGGAACUAAAUCAAUAAGCAUCCAUGAACCACAGUGUCUGAAAAAAUGGCACAUUGAGAAUGACCAACUGCCAAAACAUUUACGAAGACCUGAACCCAAGAAGCCAGAGAUCAGAUCCAUAGGAGCCAAAGGUUACUAUGAUCUUGAUGCUUUAAAUGAGUCUGCCUGGAACAGCGCCCAGAGCCAGUUAGUUCCAUGUGAUAUUUGUGGUCGUACCUUCCUGCCAGACAGACUGAUCGUCCACCAGCGGUCAUGUAAACUGAAGAUCCCAAAAUAAAAAGUUCCCGCUUUCUAGCCAAAACUUUAAAGAACAAAAUUGCCAUCACAAAAUAUUGAACAUAGGUUUCAACAUUGAGCAAUCAUAAUAAUAUA